AAUUCAUACAAGAUAUUGUCAAAGAAAUAUCAAUUAAAUUGAGUCUAACAACAUUGAUGACUUCUGAAGGCCUAGUGGGAAUAAAUUCUCACCUUGAGGAACUUAAGUUGCUGAUAGGUACAGGGUCUAACAAUAUUCGCAUGAUAGGGAUAUGUGGAAUGGGAGGAAUAGGCAAGACGACAAUUGCAAAAGUUUUUCAUGACUUGUUUUCAUAUCAAUUUGAAGGGAGUGCUUUUCUUGCCAAUGUCAGGGAAAUUUCAAGAGAAAGUGGCCUGGUUACUUUACAAAGGCAACUUCUUUCGGAAAUUCUAAGGGGAAGAGAUAAUAAUAUAUUCAAUAAGUUUAAUGGAAUUAAUGAGAUAAAAAGAAAGUUGUGUCACAAAAAAGUUCUUGUUGUUGUAGAUGAUGUGGAUCAUAUUGACCAACUAGACAAUUUAGUUGGAAAGCAUGAAUGGUUUGGUUUAGGAAGUAGGAUCAUAAUAACAACAAGAGAUAAACAUUUGUUGAUGACUCACAAGGUUGAUGAAGUUUAUGAAGCUAAAGAACUGGAUUGUGAUGAAGCUCUUGAACUUCUCAUCUUGAAAGCCUUUAAAAACCAACAGCCUUCAGAAGAGUAUUUGGAGUUGUCCCAAAGUGUUGUAAGGUAUGCUGGUGGUCUUCCAUUAGCUCUCAAAGAUUUGGGUUGUCAUUUGUUUGAAAGACCUUUAGAUCAAUGGAUAGACGCGCUAAAAAGACUCAAAAGAGAUUCUAAUAAAGAGAUUUUGGAUGCACUUCGAAUAAGUUUUGAUGGUUUAGAAGAAAUUGAGAAGAAAAUAUUUCUUGAUGUUGCAUGUUGUUUUAAAGGAGAGAGGAGAGAAUAUGUAACAGAAAUUUGGGAUGGUUGUGAUUUUACCCCAACUAUUGGAUUAAGUGUUCUCCUUGAAAAAUCUCUUAUAACUAUUUCAGAAGUCAAUGAACUAUGGAUGCACGAUUUGUUACAAGAAAUGGGUCGACAAAUUGUUAAGAGAGAAUCCACGGAAGAGCCUGGAAAAUGUAGUAGAUUAUGGGAUGAAGAGGACAUUCGUCAUGUUCUAACAACGAACACGGUACACACCUAGUGAGAAAUAUUUUAUUUCCUUCAAUUUUUAACCGAUUAUAUCUAUAUGUAUAUAUAGUUUUAUCUUUGUCUCCAAUUUUGUUUGUCACUUAUAUUUUUUAUCUUAAUUCUUUAGGGGACUGAGCUAGUUGAAGCCAUAACACUGGAAACAGAGCUCAAUGUAAGUGCAAGUGCUAAAGCCUUUUCAAAGAUGACCAACCUAAGAUUACUCAAGAUUAGAGGAGUACAACUUCCCAAAGGUCUUGAGUAUCUUUCCAAUCAGUUAAGAUUACUUGAUUGGCGUGGAUUUCCUUUAGAAUCAUUGCCAUCAAAUCUUCAGUUGAAUAAACUUGUUGAACUUAAAAUGGACGGUGGCCGCAUCAGACAACCAUGGAAGGGGAACAAACCUUUCAACAUGUUGAAAUCAAUUAGUUUCAACUCCUGCAAGAGCUUGAUCAAAACACCAGAUUUCACAGAGAUUCCAAAUCUUGAGGAGUUGACUCUUGUGGGAUGUUCAAGAUUGAAUGAGAUUCACCCAUCUUUACUAGCUCAUGAAAAGAUUAAACGGAUGGAUCUGAGUUAUUGUUCAAGUCUCAAAACUCUUCCAAGCCAGAUUCAUAUGGAAUCUCUUAGAAGUCUUAGUCUUGGUGGUUGCUCAAAAUUGAAGAGGUUUCCAGAGAUUAUAGGAAGUAUGGAGUGUCUCUUGGAGCUUAUUUUAUAUCAUACUGCUAUUAAAGAAUUGCCUCUGUCUAUUGGGCUUCUAUUUGGGCUUGAA